CUGAUUGGAAAGGUGUAAACAGAAUCUUCAGGUAUUUGAAAGGUACUGUGAAUUUAAGUCUUAAAUUCACCGUUCAAACUGAAUACUUAGAGGCAUUUACCGAUGCAACAUUUAGAGACCAUACCGACUUGUCAUCAACUGAAAGAGCCGAAUACCUAACCAUGAAUAAUGCCUAUCAAGAAUUAAUAAUUCUUGACAAGGUACUUAGAUUUGUGAUAGGAAAACUGAUGUUUCCUACAACAGUCUGGUGUGAUAAAAAUUCCGCUGGAGACUGCACCAAGAAAGAUGGUAGUCCCAAACUAAAAGUAUUUGAUGAUCAUUUAGAGGUAAUAAAUGACGACCUACUACAUAGAGAGAAAUCUGGACUUAGAAGACAUAUGGCUGAAACACAUGGUGAUUUCAUAAAACAAUGUGUUGAAGUAAAGAGAAUCACAGUGAGAUGGAUUCCAACCAAGGAGAAUGUGGAUGACUUAAUGAUAAAACCUUCACCAUCAGACGGUCAUAAGAGAUUAACUCAGAAACUAAUGAUUUAAUACUAACUCAUUGAAUUUUUGUUUUCAGAGUAUUUCUAGGGACUAGAGUAUAAACUAAUUGAGUUCUGUUUAUAGAUUAGACUUGGAGUGGAGAAUGCUGGUUGUAGUUCGA